GGCGCCCCUGGCAGAUCCUAGUCAAGCUGCAACUGCCAUCCAAAAGACCUUCCGGGGCUACAGCACCAGGAAGGGUAUGUCAGCAGCCCUGCACUUCCAGUCAGACCGCAGGUUUGCUCAGAACUAUGUAGACUCUCUCAUAGAGGAGAUGAUGGAGGAGGAGCUGGUACCAGACAUCCUCAUCGAGGUGCUGUCAGAGCACGGAAACCAAACCGCACAGGCGCCUGUGAUAUACUCCCCACGAUUACCUCAUGGCCUGACAGCAGCACAUGAAGAUCUGGCAGCUGGUGUUACUGAAGACUUCCUAAACUCACAGCUGAAACCGCAACUCAGGGAUGUCGUGCUGGAAUCCAACAGGGAACUGGUAGACAGGUACUUUGCAGAGAAGUCCUUUGAUCCCAGACUGAUCCGAGAUGUUUCAGAAGAGAUCAUGGAAGAAGUGGUACAAGAAGGCACAGAGGAGGCUAUAAAAGGUGCCAUAGCAGACAUGGUGGGAGACACGAUAUACCGCGGGGCAGCGUACGACUGGACCAUGGACCUGGCCACGGAUGUGAUUGGAGAGUUCAUGCCUGACAUAGUGAGGGAAGCUGUGUUUGACGUGAUUCUGGAGCAGAUGAUCGAUACGGAGAUUGUGUCAGAGGUCGUGGAAGAGGAGGCCCGGAGUACGUCCACACAGGUUCUGGAAAAGUACGACAACGCCGUGCAAAGGAGAGAGCUUCGUGAGGUGGCUAGCCGUGCUAACAAGAGACUGCUAGACGGUGUGUUUCUCCACCAUUUGCUGAACCUGUUUGCGAGGGACGGCCAAGUCAUGAGCAGAGAGGACCUGGCACUGAAGGCUUUGGACGGCAUUGUGCUGGACAACUUACUGAAACAGUACUUCAUCGUCAGAAACAAUCGACAGUUCACCCUGGACAACUGGCCUACAAAACGACUUCAUGAGAAAGUCGUCACUGACACGGCAGUGGAUGUGGUUCUGACUGAGCUGGGCCAGCAGCUGGAUGAGGACAUGGAGGACCUACAUGAGUAUGAGUGGCAGCUGGAGGACCCUGACAGUUUCCGUGCUGGGGGUAUGGACCUCAAGGAGUGGCUCGGCAAGCUCAACGUCUCUCCAAGAUGAUACAACAAACAACACCCCAAGAUAAAGGACUCCCGCCACAACUUUAUACAAACACUUGCCUUCCUUGUCGUCAUCUUGUUUGGAUGCUAUAAGUUAAAUACUGAUGAAGAGAAAGCAAGGUAUAGUCUUUGCUAAUGUAGCAGAGGUGUCCUUGUUGACUACAAUUGUAUUAAAAUACUGUUGUAUGCUUUGUCAAGUACAAAUUUUCAGUCACUUCAGGUCAAUAAACAAAUUUAUCAUGCUGCUAUGCGACAUAUUUUUCCUACUGUACAUGUAUGUGAGGCCAUUGCAUUAGAACUAUCUGUAUUCUUGUACAAAGAAUUCUUUGAAAAUAUUGUAUAGUGUAUGUUGUGUGAAAAUUUAAGUGUUUCUCAGUGUGUUGUGUUAAACUUUGUCAAUUGUAAGAUAUAUAUAUAUUUGUACAUUGUAUGUGUAGAAUGUUAAAAGGAUAUCAAUUAUUGUUAUCCAACAGAAGAUUUGUUUAUGGUAAUCAAAAAAUUUCUUUGUAAUAGUCAAAAGACUUCUUUGUGACACAAAGGUUGUCCUUGAGUCUUGAUAUACAUGGUAAGUGUCAAGAUAAUAUUGUGAGAUGAGUUUGGUAAAAGUAACACAAAUGGUUGUAUACAAAAUCCUUACCGAGUACAUGUAAAUGUAUGUGAUAGGUCCAGUUCGUUAUGAUUAUCAACAAUAAGUGUAAAUUUGAACAAUUGUCUUAACAGAAAGUUACAUUCUGUCCAUUUUUAGUGGUAUCCAAAUCAGGGGCAUACAUUUAGUGAUACAAAAUAGUUCCAUGUAUAGAGAAAGGUAUCUAUUUUCUUGUCUAUACAUUUUCAUUGUUUUAAUGAACUGAGUAAUUUUAAAAAGUGCAAAUUGCAGACCGAGGAAAUUGACCACUAACUGCAAAGCUGAUAUUUGUGGUAGACUUGCUAAGAGAAUAUUAGUGACUAUUUUUCUACCGUUGAAAAAUAUAUUCUAAAGACUUCUGUCCUGUGAUCCAGUCAAUGUGUGCUUCAUAUUUGUGAUUGACAGAUCAGAAUAAACAACUUACUACUUGCUUA